AUGGAGGAGCAGCGGGAUCUGAACAGCUCGGACAGUAGUGAACCGGAGAGCGUGUCCCCGGCUCCCAGCAUGCCCUCGCCGCCCAUUCUGCCGCUGCAGGUCGCGCAGCAGGCCCACAGAACCACCAACUUUUUCAUCGAUAACAUUCUGCGACCGGACUUCGGUUGUAAGAAAGAGCUCGGUCUGGGGGGCCCGCGGGACCGAGAGCGGGCGGCGCACGGCUCUGGACCCCGGGAGCACCGCGUCCACCCGGCGGUCAGCAGGCCGAGCCUCCCCGGGACGCCGUGCCAGGACUCCAACUGCAGCAGCGACAGCACCUCCUCCACCGCCUCCUCCGCCUCCUUGGCCAGUCCCAAAAAAAGCAGCAGCGGCGGAGCAGGAGGAGCCGCCGCUGCGUCCACCGGCGGCGGCGGUGUCAAAGCCGAGGAGAGGACGGCAGCGGCUGCCGCGGAAAACACCGGCUCCUCGCUGGUGGUGCUGAACGGCUCCGCGGCCCCCACACCUGAGAGCCAGCCGCUGCUGUGGCCCGCCUGGGUCUACUGCACCCGGUACUCGGACCGGCCCUCAUCUGGCCCAAGGACACGGAAACUGAAAAAGUCCAAAAGCGGCAAAGAGGACAAGCGGCCGCGCACGGCCUUCACGGCGGAGCAGCUGCAGAGACUGAAGACCGAGUUCCAGGUCAACCGGUACAUCACGGAGCAGCGGCGGCAGAGUCUGGCCCAGGAGCUAAACCUCAACGAGUCCCAGAUCAAGAUCUGGUUCCAGAACAAACGGGCCAAGAUCAAAAAGGCCAGUGGCUUCAAGAACGGGCUGGCGCUGCAGCUGAUGGCGCAGGGACUGUACAACCAUUCCACCACCACCAUCCAGGAGGACAAGGAGGACAGCGACUGA